GAGACGAGUUUUUGUUUUGUGUUGGUUGUUGUUACCAAAAAUGAGCUCUGCAACCGACGUGGACUUGCAAAAAGUGCUCCGAGAUAAUGGUUUCGAUAAUUCAGAAUUACGUAUGCGCAGCUGGGAACUUAACUGCACAGUCCCCACAAUAUUGGAGUUUCCCGCUCUCUUUCGGAAAAAGAACAUACUUCAUCCAACCCUGUGCGGAAUAUUCAGCUUGUACUUGUUUAUUAUGUUGGGAGUAUUGUGUAAUGAUUAUCUGGUGCCGUCCAUGGAGCGUUUGUGCUAUGCCCUGCGGAUGACGUAUGAUGUGGCCGGUGCCACAUUCUUGGCCGCAGCCACUUCCACGCCCGAACUGUUCGUCAACUUUGUGGGCACAUUCGUAACAGAAGGAGAUAUUGGUGUUGCCGCCAUUGUGGGCUCUUCUGUUUUCAAUACGUUGGCGGUCGCUGCUGUCUGCGGCAUCUUUACGGGCGUCUCGGAACAACUGGACUGGUGGCCCAUAACCCGCGAUAUUAUCUGGUAUUUGAUUGCUAUUGCCGCACUUUGCGCAGUGCUCUACGACGCCAACGUGAGUGCCAUCGAAUCGGGCCUGAUGUUGGCCUGCUACUUUUGCUAUCUUCUACUUCUGGUAUUGGAUAGAGUGAUACAGAGCUUCUUCCGAGGUGACAACAUAUAUACCACGCAAGUGACUGAGGACCCUCUGGAUCGCGAGGAGUCGCCACUCAUGUCGUUUAGGGAUCAUGUCUGCAGGAUGCCGGGGGAGGAAUCUGGCAAAUGUGCCUUCAUUUGGUGGAUCAUCAAAUAUCCUUGCGCCUUGAUUCUGGCCCUAACCAUACCCAGCGUGCGAACCUUCUACUUUCUGACGAUGCUCAUGGCUAUCAUUUGGAUCGGCGCCACAUGCUAUCUCCUAACCUGGUUUCUCACCGUUAUCGGCUACAACAUAGGCAUUCCGGACACCCUCAUGGGUUUGACAGUACUGGCCGCUGGCACCAGUGUGCCCGAAGCCAUAUCAUCGUAUAUUCUGACCAAGAAAGGGUACGGCGCCAUGGCCAUAGGAAACGCGAUCGGAUCCAACACAUUCGACAUACUGGUCUGUCUGGGUCUGCCGUGGAUAUUGAAAGCGCUGAUAUUGAAUAAGAAUGUGAUCAUCAACUCGUCUGGCCUCGCCAUAACGGCGUCUUGUCUGGCGGUUACGGCCAUCAUGCUCUACCUAACCUUCCUGCUGACCAAGUUCGUGCUGGGCAAGACAGUGGGCUGGCUGAGUCUCGUCACCUACGUACUCUUUCUGAUCGUCUCGUGUGCCAUGGAGAUGUACUUGCAGAAGCCCGUCUGCAACAUCGAGUCAGAGGAGUACGCAUAUUUGACGAAGGACCAGUGGUGGUGAUUUGUACGCAUCUCUUUCAAAAUUCAA